AUGAAAGCAUCUCAACAAUCUCCAUGUAUUGCAGACUUAUGUCUACAUAUGCCAGCAGCAAUGACGGCGAAAGAAAUGCUAAACGUAGCAAGAUCUUCAGUUGGUGGAUCGACUACCGUGGCCCGAAAUGUUAUGACGCCACAAACGUUAACAGUGAAGUCAAUAACACAGAUUAGUCCAGGGAUACCACCAAAUCUGAGUAGUGGCCUUCAUCGCACUAAUUCCAGUUUCGCUGCUCAAAAAUCGAAUCAGGUUAGUACGGUUUUAUUAUGUGGCAUUCCCAUAGUUUCGUUACAUAUUGAAGGCCAAGAGCGUUUGUGUCUAGCGCAAAUUUCCAACACCUUGCUAAAGCAAUUUAGUUACAAUGAAAUUCAUAAUAGGCGUGUCGCAUUAGGCAUUACAUGCGUACAGUGUACUCCCGUACAAUUGGAGAUACUGCGACGAGCUGGUGCUAUGCCCGUUAGUUCAAGACGAUGUGGUAUGAUAACGAGAAGAGAAGCAGAACGCUUAUGUAAGAGUUUCUUGGGUAAUAACACUCCGCCGAGGUUACCUGAGGAUUUUGCUUUCAAUGUGCAACAUAAGUGCGCUUGGGGAUGCCGUGGGUCUUUCUUACCAGCUCGUUACAAUUCAUCACGCGCCAAGUGUAUUAAAUGCCAAUAUUGCGGUGUUUUCUUUUCACCGAAUAAAUUUAUAUUUCAUUCGCAUCGGUUAAGUCAGAAUGAUAAAUAUGUACAACCGGACGCAGCUAAUUUCAAUUCAUGGCGGCGACAUAUGAUGCUAAGCGGCCAGCCACUGCAAGAAGUAGUUUAUGCUUGGGAGGAUGUCAAAGCUAUGUUUAACGGCGGCACUCGUAAGCGUUUAAUGAGUAAUGCAAUCGGCCGUACUUCACCCGGUACACAAAAUCAUCAAAGCUCCACAAAUUCAGGCCAAAUAAGGCAAGUUAAUAUUAAUCAACAAGAACAAAGUAGCAAUGGGUCUAAUCAGGCCGCCCUUAUAUGUCCAAUUGCCAAACGGCUUAAAGGAGAAAAACAAGAGCUAAGUACAGUAACAACAGCGGCAACAGCUGCUGUUGGAGUAACGACCGUGCCUGGUACCGCCCUUGGCUCUUCUCGCUUAAUAAAUCAAAAUUAUCAGUCUGCAAAUGCAGCAGCAGCGACGUCAGAUAUUACAGAAAACGAUUGUUAUAAUGGUAGUGGCAACGAUAUGAGUAUAUUACCGUUUUCCCGUAGCCUAAUGAUGGACUAUGUGUGGCAACAUGCUCAAGCCGCAAAGCAGUCCUUCGUACAACAUCAACAUCUAAUUCAUCAUAAUUCCCAGCUGUCACAGGCACACCAACAGCAGCAAUCUCGAUUGAAAGAUAGCACAGCAUUCACAUUACCGUGGAUAAAGCCGACAGACUGUUUACCAAUUACGACACAUCCGGUUAUCAACAACAAAACUGGUCAAAAUGCUAUCAUUGAUAGCACAGUCCCUCAAUUGAUUAACCCUUCUGCAUUCAAGCCCGUAUUGCAGCACGAAAAUGCGAUUGAAGCUAUAAAGGGCACUGCAGUAUCCGCAGCGGCUUCCACAGCUUCUUUAAUUCUACCGGCUGGUAUAACUAAUCGACUAAUGGACAAAUUUCCCGGCGAGCCAACGUCUUUGGCACUCGCGAUACAUACUAACAUAGAGCAACACAGCGAGACACACACCGCACAACCAUAUCAGAGCUUGUCGUCACCAACACUUACUGUGCACUCCGUUAAGCGCUUAAAACAUAAUCGAAAUGGUACGUUGAAAGAAUACGUUUUUCCAUCCGAUCAUUGCUUAGAAAACGAAUCUGAAGCAAAAGUUAAGCUGACCGAUAAACGUUACGAAGCGUCUAGCUCAGAAGAUCACUUGCCGGUGGAGGAAGAUGUUCUUGUAGACAUUGAAACUACAGAAGAUGAUAAGCCAGUUCAGCUAAUUUUUGGCCCCAAUAUUGGUGAGUUGGAAGGUGAUACUAAUUCCACUGAUGAAGACGAUGAUAUUGAUGUUGUCUGCCAUGACAUCGGUGAAAGUGAGAGCAUUCGGGUAGCGGUGGCUGGAAAUCCUAUACAUUUGGGCAACCAGUCAUCUGACAACGAAAGUGAUGGAAACCUUCGUUACCCAAACCAUGACGAUAAGGACAAUGAAACCGAUUUCGUGAUAGAGGACAAAAAUGCAACACAAAAUGAAGGUGAAAAUGUUAAUACAAAUUUAGUUACCAGACAACAAGAUUAUCUAACUUCGCUAACAAUCAAUGCAAGUUCCAAAAACUUUCGCAAUGAAUAUGGACCAAGUGAGUGCCUUCACAAGCAUACAUCUCCAAGCUGUCAGUUAGAGCAAAAGAUCAACAAAACUAAUUUUCUACAAAUCGAAGGGAAUAUCACGGCACUGAAUACAAUAAGAUUUCAGAUGAUAUUACAAAUAUUCCGUGAUAAAUACAACGAAAUAGAAACCCAACUCGAUACGAAAGUGAUCAUGUACCAUUAA